AUGAGUUCGAGGUCGAGGUAUCCGCCGCCUGGGAUGGCAGGCGGCCGAGACGGCGGCGGCGGACUGAACCACCCGCAUGCCGGCCACGGUCCUACUUUCAACGCCGGCCACCAGUACGUGCAGAGUGGCCCGGUGCAGAACAAUCAAAACCAUCAGUUGUUUCAGAACCCUCAGCCACAGCAGUGGUUAUUGAGGAAACAGAAUCAGCUUCCGCCAGCUGAUUCUUCAGUCGACGAGGUGGAGAAGACCGUACAAUCGGAAGCCGCUGUUUCGAGUUCGCAAGAUUGGAAGAGGCAGUUAAAACUACCACCUGCCGACACCCGUUACAAAACCGAGGAUGUUACAGCUACUAAAGGAAAUGAAUUCGAAGACUACUUUUUGAAACGUGAACUGCUAAUGGGAAUAUAUGAGAAGGGUUUCGAGAGGCCAUCUCCAAUCCAAGAGGAGAGUAUUCCAAUUGCACUAACUGGAAGUGAUAUCUUGGCCCGGGCUAAAAAUGGAACCGGGAAAACAGCCGCCUUUUGUAUUCCGGCCUUGGAGAAAAUCGAUCAAGACAAAAAUGUUAUUCAAGUUGUUAUUCUUGUCCCAACAAGAGAAUUGGCUCUUCAAACGUCACAAGUAUGUAAAGAACUUGGGAAGCAUUUGAAAAUUGAAGUCAUGGUUACCACCGGUGGAACUAGCCUAAAGGACGAUAUAAUGCGUCUCUACCAACCAGUCCAUUUACUUGUUGGGACACCUGGGAGAAUUCUUGAUCUUGCUCGGAAGGGUAUCUGUGUCUUAAAUGAAUGCAGCGUGCUUGUAAUGGAUGAGGCAGAUAAACUUUUAUCUCCAGAGUUUCAACCUUCUAUCGAGCAGUUAAUUAGCUUCUUGCCUGCAAAUCGUCAGAUUCUCAUGUUCUCUGCCACAUUCCCCGUCACUGUAAAAGAUUUCAAAGAUCGAUACAUGCAAAAGCCCUAUGCGAUCAACCUUAUGGACGAGCUUACACUCAAGGGUAUAACCCAAUUUUAUGCGUUUGUGGAAGAAAGGCAGAAAGUUCACUGCCUCAACACUCUCUUUUCUAAGCUUCAAAUCAACCAAUCAAUUAUCUUCUGCAAUUCAGUAAACCGGGUAGAGCUUCUUGCCAAGAAAAUAACGGAGCUCGGAUAUUCUUGCUUUUACAUCCAUGCUAAAAUGCUCCAAGAUCAUCGAAAUAGAGUAUUUCACGACUUUCGCAAUGGUGCCUGCAGAAAUCUUGUGUGUACUGAUUUAUUCACAAGAGGUAUAGAUAUCCAAGCAGUAAACGUCGUGAUCAAUUUUGACUUUCCUAAGAAUUCCGAGACAUACUUGCAUAGGGUUGGUAGAUCUGGAAGAUUCGGACAUCUUGGGUUAGCUGUGAAUCUGAUUACCUACGAGGACCGCUUCAAUUUGUACAGGAUCGAACAAGAAUUAGGCACAGAGAUCAAGCAAAUUCCACCACACAUCGAUCAAGCUAUAUACUGCCUGUAA